AUGGAGAAACUUGGCCUGAUCCUGCGAGCGAUCCAGCUACUUUUCAUCGUCAUCCUGACUGGCCUUAUCGGCAAUGUGAUCUCCACCAACAUUAACGCCGCUGGAUCCGCGACUGCGGCGAUCAACUUUUCUAUGUUUGUCAUCGUCAUAUCCUGGCUGGCUGGGCUGGUCGGUCUGGCAACUAGCUUGAUCGAGCGCAUUUCUCUUCCUGUCCUGGCACUUCUGGGCGCCGACGCCACUGCGACACUUUUCACCUUCAUCGAUGCCGUUGUUCUCGCUGCGAAACUACGUGCCGUCAACUGCGCCAACACAGAGGACCGCUCUCCCAGCUGGAUCGCCUAUGGCAGUGCCAAUGAUACGAAGCGCUGCCGGCAGGUGCAAGCUAGCACUGUCUUCAUGUGGUUCCUCUUCGCCACGUUCGCCACUGCCCUGACGCUGAGCUUCAUGGGCUUCCGUCGUGCCGGUGGCAGCAUUAGGACGGGUCCGACCAUGUCGCAGGUUCGUGUAUAA